AUGUAACCAAAUAUGCUAAGCUUGUUCUAGAUAGCUAUAAUUGCGUUUAAUCUUGCCUUAGCGGAACAUAUGAAAACUAAAAAAUGGAUUGCGUUUCCUGCUCUUCUAAAUUUUGCUUAAUCUGCUCACCUACUGAAUGUUAUUAAUGCUAACCUGGGAUACUCUGUGAUUCCAGAAGAUUAAGUAACUUAAUCAUUUAAUUUUCUUAAAAUCCAUUACAUCUUUUUUACUCCAGUAAGCCGUAAGGAUGCAUUUUGA